AUGAAUGAUCUAUUAUCAGAUUCCUUCUCACUUCCCCGCGACCAAGAUCGAUCCCCUCCGCCGGACUCCCACACAAUCGAGAUGACCGGCACCACCAACUCCGGCAACCUCGAUAGCUUCUUCAACGAGGUUGAAGCUGUGAAAGACGAGCUCUGCAGCCUGGAGACCAUCCACGGCCGCCUCGUCUCCUCCCACGACCGCUCCAAUACCCUCCACACCUCCGCUGCCGUCAGGGACCUCCGGUCAGCCAUGGACGCCGACGUCACCACCGCCCUCCGGAAAACCAAGCUCAUUAAAUCCCGACUCGAAUCCCUCGACCGGGCCAACGCAGCCAGCCGCCUCCUCCCCGGCUGCGGCCCCGGAAGCUCCACAGACCGGACCCGCACCUCCGUAGUCGACGGGCUCCGGCAGAAGCUCAAAAGUUCCAUGUCACGGUUCAACGAGCUCCGAGAGAAGAUCGGGGCCGAGUACCGGGAGACCGUGCGGCGGAGGUACUUUGCGGUGAACGGCGAGGAGCCGGACGUGGAGACAGUGGAGCGGCUGGUGGAGACGGGUGAGGGGGAGAUGGUGGUGGCGAGGGCGGUCCAGCGGCAGGGGAGGGGUGAGGUGGAGGCGGCGGUGGCGGAGAUUCGGGAGAGGCAUGAGGCGGCGGCUGAGCUGGAGAGGAACCUGAGGGAGCUGCACGGGGUGUUUUUGGACAUGGCGGUGCUGGUGGAGGCGCAGGGGGAGCAGAUGGAUGAUAUUGAGAGGCAGGUCAACCGGGCGAGCUCGUACGUGAGGGGCGGGGCCCGCCAGCUGGAGGUGGCGAGGAAGCACCAGAAGAGCUCCAGGAAGUGGGCGUGUGUCGGGAUCUUGAUGUUGUUGAUCAUCGUUUUGAUCGUUGUUCUGUCCCUGAGGCCGUGGCGGUAA